GUGACGCAAAGGGGACGUAGGCGGGGACAGCUUCUCGGCAUCUGCUAGGUCCUGUCCACGCUUAAAGGCUGUGUUGACGCGGACCUGGGCUGGAGAGCUUGGUCCUCGGUGGGUGGUCGCUCUCUGUCUCGGGGUACGCCACUGCCUCCGCAGAGGGGCCGACGGCGCCGUGCAGGCCAGCAGCAGCUCCGGAGUCCCCAGCAGACCGAGAAAUGAGAAAAAUACCAAACCAUGCGACUCUGAGGAUGACGAAGGUGGCAUACCCCCUCGGGCUGUGUGUGGGCCUGUUCAUCUAUGUCGCCUAUAUCAAGUGGCACCGGGCGUCUGCUGCCCAGGCCUUCUUCACCAUUGCCGGGGCUGCCUCAGGGGCGCGGUGGACCCAGCAGGCCUUCAGCUCCCCAGGCUCAGCUACACGUAGUCACGAGGUUUUCUACGGGAUCAUGUUUGACGCUGGGAGCACUGGCACCCGCAUUCACGUCUUCCAGUUUGCCCGGCCACCUGGAGAAACUCCCACCUUGACCCAUGAAACCUUCAAAGCACUGAAGCCUGGGCUUUCUGCUUACGCAGAUGAUGUUGAAAAGAGUGCUCAGGGGAUCCAGGAGCUUCUGAAUGUUGCUAAGCAACACAUUCCUUAUGACUUCUGGAAGGCCACCCCUCUGGUCCUCAAGGCCACAGCUGGUUUGCGCCUGCUGCCAGGAGAAAAGGCCCAGAAGUUGCUGCAAAAGGUGAAGGAGGUAUUCCAGGCAUCACCCUUCCUGGUAGGGGAUGACUGUGUUUCCAUCAUGAAUGGCACAGAUGAAGGUGUUUCAGCAUGGAUCACUGUCAACUUCCUGACAGGCAGUCUGAAAAGCCCAGGAAGCAGCAGUGUGGGCAUGCUGGAUUUGGGCGGUGGAUCCACUCAGAUCACCUUCCUCCCGCGUGUCGAGGGCACCCUGCAGGCCUCCCCGCCUGGCCACCUGACCGCGCUGCAGAUGUUUAACAGGACUUACAAGCUGUAUUCCUACAGCUACCUGGGGCUGGGACUGAUGUCGGCACGACUGGCUAUUCUGGGUGGUGUGGAGGGGAAGCCUGCUGAGGAUGACAAAGAACUGGUCAGCCCCUGUCUGUCUCCCCGGUUCAGAGGAGAGUGGGAGCAUGCUGAGGUCACCUAUAGAAUUUCAGGACAGAAGGCAGUGGGCCUCUAUGAGCUGUGUGCCAGCAGAGUGUCAGAAAUCCUCAGAAACAAAGUGCACAGGACGGAAGAGGCCCAGCAUGUGGACUUCUAUGCUUUCUCCUACUACUAUGACCUUGCAGCAAGCUUUGGUCUUAUAGAUGCAGAGAAAGGAGGCAGCCUUGUAGUCGGAGACUUUGAGACAGCAGCCAAGUAUGUAUGCCGCACCCUGGAGACACAGCCACCAAGCAGCCCCUUUGCCUGCAUGGACCUCACCUACAUCAGCCUGCUGCUCCAUGAGUUUGGUUUUCCCAGGGAUAAGGUGCUGAAGCUGGCUCGGAAAAUUGACAACGUUGAAACCAGCUGGGCUCUGGGGGCCAUUUUUCAUUACAUCGACUCCCUGAAGAGAGAGAAGAUUCCUGCCUUGUAGCAGCCAAGCCCCAGUCCCCACCCUAGCCGGAAUUCCAAGGCUCCCAACUCCACGGACCCCUCUGUCCUGGAAGUGACACCUUCCCUGAGGAGCCUGCCCCUGGCUGGGACCCUCCUCGGCCUGCAGUUUCAUCUCCUGCAGAUUGGCCUGGGACAUGGCCCAUGCACUAGCCCCCUACACCACACUAGCUGGGGCAGGGCCGGGGUAGGAAUGCUGCCUGGCCUGAGGCCAUCUCCCUGCCUUGCCUCCCAGUGUGCAGGGAGCCAGGUGGGGCCCAGGGCACAGACUGAGAUAGGGAUGCAGCCCUGUUCCUAUCCCGUCCAUCUGCGGGAUUGUGGCUGCUUUUGUGUGUUUCUGUGACGUGGGUCUUGUUUUGUCUCCCAGUCCCUGUUCCCUCGUGAGCUAGGCCUCUCUCUGCUUUCCCAGAGUUGUGGGAGCUGGAGUCGGCUGGCCCAGACACAGUACAGUCUCCAGGGGAGCACAUCUUGAGUGUGUACAUCUCUUCCUCAGGAUAGACAUGAGGUUACUGGAGGUCUACUGUUCCAUCUUUGGAUGGUAUAGCAUUAACUGAUGUGGGGACACUGAGUAGGAAGAAGGUGGGACAAUGCCUCUUUUGUUUGUUUGUUUGUUUGUUUUUUGUUUUUCAAGACAGGGUUUCUCUGUGUAGUUUUGGUGCCUGUCCUGGAUGCUCUGUAGAUCAGGCUGGCCUCGAACUCACAGAGAUCCUCCUGGCUCUGCCUCCCGAGUGCUGGGAUUAAAGACGUGCGCCACCACCGCCCGGCUGGAACAGUGCCUCUUUACAGACCCAGUGUUCCAGCUUUGCCGAGCAUACGGUUAUGAGCAGAGCUAUAAGAAUACUUAGGGCUGUGCACUCAAGCACUACCCUGUGAGCUGUGAGUGCUUUAUGUGAAAACUGAGCCCCCUUUCUGGACACAACUAUGUCCCCGUGAAUGUAUUACUGCUGUGAGCCACUUGCAGACCAGCGGGGCGGAUCGGAAAGCUCAGCCCUGGAACCAUACUGCCCUCUACCCCGCCCUCCUCCCUGGGCUGCAGCUGGCUCCCUGUGGUCCCCUCGGUGAAUGUACAGUCUAUAGAAUAAGCUGAGCCGAUGUCGUUCUACUCCGAAUAAAGGUUUACAAGGGUU